UCGUCCUCUUCGUCGCCGGAGCGGGUGAGUGGCUCUGAAGAGUUUUUCCCCGCCAAACCCGCCGCAGCCGCAAGCUCUCACCCUCCCCGACGAUGGCUUAGGGUUUGCUUGUCCGACGACUCCUUCUGCGCCUCUUUCUCCGGCCACGGGCGAGUCACCAGUCGGAUGGGUGACGAUUCGAGCACCGUCGCGCCGUCGCCCAGAAAG